AGACACUUUUGUAUUAUUUUUACUUUGUGUGUGUGGAAAAAACUAUUUCUGAAAAUUUAAGUGAUAAAAAAAUAGAAAAAUUAAUGUCUAUAAAAAUCAAUCAUCAUUGAUAUCAUUUUUAAUUCAUUCGUUCGAGUAUUAAAUUCAUUUAACACCAUAGCAACGAAAAUUCAGAAGAAAAUCUGCAAAGAUUGACGAUAAGAAAGUGAAAUUGAACGUGUGUGAAAGAGAGAGGAAAAAAAAGGAACUUGAAUAAAACUAAAAUAUACUUUAGCGACUAUAAUACUACAAAAACGACAAUUUUAAUAUUGCUACAUCAUUAAAGCUUCCAACAAGAUAUGAAUUAGUUGAAUAUACUAAAAAUAGGUUGAUACUUAUAACUACUUGACAGCAUGUAAUAGUUUUUUAUAGAGUGGCCAUAAAAAAAUAUUACAAGUCAAUCAGACAGAGGAAAUUUAGAUUUGAUUACAAUUCGAAUUGAAGAAAACCUAUUCUCUGGUGAGAAGCGUAUAUAGAUGCAUUUGUGAUUUUUUUAUUUGUUAUUAGUAUCAUUAUUAUAUCAUCAUUUGAGUAUCAUCAUGCCAAGACGGAAAGCCUACGCCCCAACUGUGUAUAUAUUAAAACUUUUACAGAGUUUUAUGAUAAUUUCUGUGAAAUUAUUAUGAACUUCUAACAUUCAUGGAUAUUACUACAUAAUAAUCUUCAUGAUAAAUACUGUUUAGUGUAAAACAAAAAAACAAUUGUAGUCAAUUAGAAGCUGAAAUUAAUACUUCAAAAACCAUAAAAUUGAUGAAUUUUUUUUAUUGAUAGAGUAAAUCAACAAAAUUAAUUUUUAACCUCAAUCAAGUGUCUUUUAUAUACCUGCUUACAAAUCUGCAAUCAUCUGCACAAUUACUACGUUGAUAAUCGUUCUUUUGUUCUAGUUGUCAUUAUUUAGACUGUGUAACAGUUCAUAUUGAAAAGAAACACGAAAAAUAUUUUAUAUUUGAAUUGAAAUUGAUUGCACAUUGAAUGACAUUUAUGCAUACUUUCAUGAUAAUUGUUAACGAGACUGUUCAAAAGAAGAAAAGUUGAAGUAAAAAAAAUAUAAGAACAGGAUAAUUUAUUAAUUGAAUUGGUUGAUGAGUAUCCUGACGAAAAAAAUAAAAAUUUAAUUUCUGUCUUCAGUCAAGUGGCUAUGGUUGUUGCAAGCAUUGAUUGGACGCAUUAUGCCGAUUUUGAUUUAUCCAAAAGAGAUAAUAACUUGAACUCUGGCACAGAUAAUACCAAAAUGACCGCCAAAGGGGUAUUGAUAUGUCGGGAUAACUCUCAUUCAUUUCAAAAUAGAACUUUAAAUCUUGAUCAACCAGUGAAAAUAGGCAGGUCUGUUGCUAGAACAAGGGCAGCACCUAACAAUGCAAUAUUUGAUUGUAAAGUUUUAUCAAGAAAUCAUGCAUUGCUUUGGUAUAAUGCUGGAAAAUUCUAUCUUCAAGACACAAGAAGUAGUAAUGGAACAUUUGUUAAUAAUCAGCGACUUAGUGCUAUUGGCUCGGAGUCUGCAGCAAAGGAAGUUUGCUCUGGAGAUAUUGUUCAAUUUGGUGUGGAUGUUGUUGAAAGUAUGAAAAAGAUAACUCAUGGAUGUAUUAUAGCAACGUUAAAACUUUAUCUACCGGAUGGGAAAGAAGCUAAAGCAAGCAAGAGUACAUUUGUACCGAAUCCAGUUGGAGAUGUAACAGUUGAAGAUCUCUAUAAACUGAAUCAAUAUCUCCAAGAAGCUACUAGACGAGAGAAAUUAUUAAAUUCUAAGCUAGCCUGUUUAGAAAAACUAGUUGAAAACACAAAGAAGGCUGCCAAUCAAUCUUGGAAAGCUUUAAUUGAUGAAGAUCGUUUAUUAUCUCAUAUCAAAUUGGCUGAACGCCAGCUUAUGGUUUACUCCAAGAACUUCAACGAAGAUAGAAUCAGAAAAGAGUUAAUAAAACGUGAAGAAGAAAAAUCUCAGUAUCAAAUAGCAGCCAAGGAAGCUUUAGAAAAAGUUCACCAAGAAAAAUUGCAAAUCACUGAAAAAUUAAUUAGCUUGGAAAGUCGGUUGAAUGAAACAGAAGAAGAAUGUCAAAGUUUGCAUGAGAUUUCUAAACAUAGCCAGUCAGAGUUACAAGAUCUUACUAUUAAAUAUAUGACUGCCCAACACAGUUUAGCACAGUUAGAAGCUAAAUUAGUUGAUAAAGAAGAAAGUUCUGCUGAAAUUGUCAAAUGGUCCACGCAAGAAAGAGAAGAUUUGAUCAAGAAAAUUCAUCAUCAUGCAAAAGUUGGUCAACUUCUUCGACGUAGAAUCAGCGAAAAUCGACUUGAUUCAGUUAAAAUUCAUAAACAAAUUACUGGUCUAAAAAAUUACAUCCAAACAUUACAGGAUAUUAAUUCAAAAUUAUUAUCAGAAGAUUCUAAAGAUGGCAUUAAUCCGAUUGAAAUAAUUAAUGCUAUUUUAGAUACUUUGAAUGAAAUGAUAGCCGAAACUGAAAAAUUAGAAGAAAAUCUUGGUGAUACUGAAGAUAAUAAUUGCAAAUCUGAUGUUGACUCUAAUCAACAAAUAUUUAUAAAUAAUUCUCAAGAAAAUCAUUAUAAAAAUGAAUAUGAAAAUUAUACUGGAUCAAAUGAUAAUGAAAUGUUUUCAGAGUAUAUUUUACCACCUCAGAAUGCACGUCGUACAUUAGUUAACGGUAAAUCUUCCAGUGAUUUAAAUUCUGAAGCUUCUAAUAACAAUUUAGAAACUACUGAUAAUACUUGCAAUUCAAUUAACGAUGAUUUAUAUAGCACUACAACUAUUGAAGAUGUUACUGAAAAGUCGGUCAUUGAAACUAAACCAGUUGAGGACUAUUCUUUAACGAAUUCUGAUCAAGAACCAGAUAAAUUCCGGGUCAAAUUUGUCCACUACGAAGCAUCAGAUGGAUUUAGUGAAAAGGGUGAUGAAGAUAUUGCUGAUUCUUCCAAUCAUUCAGCUUCCUUUGCAUCUUCAGUUAAUGAAAAUAGUCUAGAAAGUCAUGAAGAAAAUUCUUUUGAGAUUAAUGAAAAAACUGACACAGAAGAUGAACAUGUCGAAGAAGAUAAAGAGAAGAAGAAUAGUGAAUUUAUUAAAACACUUAAACCAGUUGGAAAGAAUACUUGUGAUUGUUCAUUACAACACUCUUACAAUAAAGAAUAUAUUUUACAGUUACUGAUGGCUUCUUUGGAAUCUUUGGAUAAUGAUGAUGAUAUUGAAGUACAGCAACUUGUCAAACAGGAAUUAAAUGAUUUACGUAAUUGGCUUGUACAGGAGACAAGUGAUACUAUUUUGGAUAAACUCAAGGAGAUUUAUUAUCGUACUAAAAAUGAAAAAUCUCGAAUGCAAGAAGUUAAUGAAGAAUUAGUUUUGGUUAAGGAACAGUAUAAUUCGUGCAGUGAAGAUAAACUUGAAAUUUCAAGAAAAUUUGAAACAUUAAAAUCACAAUGUGGUGAUAUUCUUGAUACAAGUUAUAGUGUUCCAAUCCAAUACUUUGUGCCCGUUUUUGUUGCAUUUUUGUGCUUGAUGUUAGAUAAAAUAUUUUAAAAUAAUUGCAAUCGUAUUCAAAUAAUUUUUGACACAGCCACACGAGUUGUACAUAAUAUUUUUGCAAAUUAAAAAUAAUUUUUAUGUUAAAAAAUUUAAGAUCUAAAUCCAUUUGUAUAUUGUAAAUAUUCUCGUACUGAAACAACUGUGUUUAUUUAAUGACAAUUUGAAGUUUUUUAAAAUACAUUACAUUAAAUGAGAAAAAACAAUUUCAAUCGUGACAAAUCUAAAAACUUGAAUAAGCAUCUAACAAAAAUAAAUUCAAUUGUAUCAAAUAUAUAAAAGACUUAAUCAGGAGCAAUUCUACCGUUCAAUAAGCUGCCAAUUUUAAUAUCAUAUCUAAAAUUAUUAUUUUUUUCUACUAUUUAAAAAUUCAACAAAUGAAAACGUAAUUAAUGUAAAUAAAAGAAUUAUAGGUACUAAAGAAAAUUAAUCUAAAAUGAAAUUUUGAAAAUUCUUACCAUGUUUCUUUCAUUCAAAAUGAAAUCAAUUAUUUUAUCCAAAUUAAAUUAUAACAAAUUCUAGUAUUUAAGGUAUUAUAUAUAAACUAAACUACUGAUUCUUAUUAACAACAUAUUUAUAAAGUUUUUGUUAUGUCAGACAAUUUUCUUUGUCAGUAUGUUAAAUUAAUAUUUAAAAAUUGUCAUGUAAAAAUAUCCAUUGGAAUAGUUUAAGAUAAUUUAUGGAGCGUGUUAUAAACAUGAGCGAGAUGUUUUGUUUUUUAAUAUUUAAAAAGCUUUUUUCUACGUCAAUUAUUUACAAGAAAAUAUAUUUCGAUGUCUAGUUAUAUAAAAUUAUUAAUGUAAUUUAGAACUAUUUGUUAAUUUAACAAUUAACUACAUAAUGAAGAUAAUAUUAUUCUUUACUAUUAAGUAUUAUUAUUUUUUCACAUAAAUUUUAUAUUUAUUAUACCGGUGCAAUUCACUAGAAAACAAACAGAAACUGCUUUCGACAGUUUAAAAUAGUUUGACAUUUAUAAUUUUUUCAUUAUGGCCUACCCAAUUAGUUUUGUUUAAUUUUUCAGUUAUGUCUAGAGUGCCAUUUUUCAAUGUUUACAUAUCUUAGUCAAUUUGUAUUCGUAAAAAUUAAAAACUUUCAUGAUUAUUGCGUAUAAUACCUAUUAAAAUUGUCAGUCUAUUCAUUCAUUACAAAAAAUAAAAUUUGAUAAUGGUAGGUGAUAAAAAUCUUCAGUAGAUUUCAAUAACCAUAGUAAACGACAUAACGAUGAUGAUAAUAAUAAUAACAAUGUAAAUAACAAUUUUGUUCAUAAUAAUAAAUCAUGUAACAAUUAUUCUCAAAACAAAAGUUAAUAAAAGUAAA